GCUUCAUCCAGCAUCUGUGGGUCAACUGGCAGCCAUCAGCGAGCUUUGUUGUGCUGUUUCCCUUCGCGCCCUGCUGUUUGUUUGAUUUGAAGGCAUUCUCUGGGCUGCUCAUCAUCUUGACAUGCGUCCGGCCAUCGACAUCGUUGACCCUCCGUCUCCCAACGACAUUGUCGUUUUGGACGAUGAGGGGAACCAGCCCAUCACCGCCAAACGUCGCCGCAUUGAUGAAUGUAUCGAUGUCGAUGCUGUUGAUCCAGUUCCAGCUCCAUCAUCCUCUCGAAGACCUCCCAGCCCCCCGCUGCCUACUCAAUUUUUGGAAGAAAUGUUUCCAGAUGUACAGCCGGUAUACCUGUAUCAAAAGCUUGAGGAGCUCGAUGGCGAUGUGGAACGUGCCGUUGAGGAACUUAUGAAAACCGUAAAAGACCUCCCCAAACGACAGUCGUUCGAUCAACGCAAGGACCAAAUCGACUUUCGAGUAGUCAACGCCGACGUUGCCAUGAGCCCGCUCUAUAUCGCUCAGUGUUUUCAGAUCCUCUGCGAUAUUUUUCCAGAGAUUCCAAGCUACUACGUCCGCACAGCUAUGGCCAUUCACAACUCGCAGUUCACUCCAACUUACUUGAUCUUGAAGGAGCGGCUUUCACGCCCAGAUGAGACCCGCGGAUUCCUGAAGCGAAAGGGAAAGCAGAACAAACGCAAGGGCGCGGAUCAAAGCAACGAGCCGCUUGACUCUCGACUGGGCCGGGAGAUCAGGCCGUUUAUUCCAUGGUUCCGGUACAAGCCGCAGAGCAGCGAUCGCACUCAGGCUCCUGAGGUCAAAUACGAGUGCGGAUGCUGCUGCGAUGAGUAUGCCUUUGAUAUGAUGACUCAAUGCGAAGAAGGGCAUUUGUUCUGCAUGGAGUGUGCUAACCGGGCCGCUAAAGAAGCCAUUGGAAUACGCAAAGGCCGGGUCAAGUGCAUGGACAUGAGUUCGUGUCCGUAUUCCUUUACCGAUGGAGAGCUUCGUCGCUUCUUGUCCGAGGCCGACUUUGAAGGCCUCUCGAAGAUCCGUCAGGAAGAAGCCAUUCGCCAGGCCGGCCUAGAGGGCUUCACCGAAUGCCCGUUUUGUUCUUUUGGCGUUCAGUUGACAACUUUGCCCGAGGAAGACAAGCUCCUCUACUGCCAGCGCGAGGAAUGCAAAGCGGUUUCGUGCCGCCUAUGCAAGCAGCUCAAUCAUCUGCCGCUCACAUGUGAAGAGUACAAGAAAGAUAAGAAGCUGGAUGUUCAGCACACUGUGGAGGAGCAAAUGUCCGAGGCAUUGUUUCGGGCCUGUCCGAAAUGUGGAAAGAAAAUCAUCAAGGAAGACGGGUGCAACAAAAUCACCUGUGUGUGCGGCCAAUAUAUGUGUUAUGUCUGUCGCAAAGCCAUCAAAGGCUACGAUCAUUUCAAUCGCGCUGGAAGCAGUUGCCCGCUGCACGACGAUGCUGCCACCAGAGUGGCCAAUGAAGUACAGCACGCAUAUCGAGCCGCCGUGGAUGCCAACCAGAUCGAUGAAAACGACUUGCAGAUUGAUGUUCCUACAGCCACGAAUAUUCUCCGGUAGCGCUGACGAGUCAAUGUCCUGGUCACAGCGCACCCGACACGAGGCGAAGCAUCCGUUUUUGAGCUAGACUUGCCCCCUUCUUCUGGGUCCCGAAUACACCGGUGUAGCUUCGUGUAUGGAC